GCCCAGUUAAAAGUAACAAACAUUGUACAUCAUCGCACGCACACACACAUCAAGUAAAAAAGGUGGGGGCUCGUUUAUGUGUACAUAUACACACACUGUGUCCCCCUUUCCUCCCUCUCCCGCGAGUUCGCGCGCUCUACAGACAUGCAGCCAUCGGGCAUCGCCAUCGUCUCCCUUCGGGAAAGUUUGCCUUGAAAACCUACUUAUAAGUGGUUGCACAAGCUUACGAUAUUAAAAAAUUAUUAUCGAUUCCCCCCUCUCCCCCCCCCGGAUCUCUGUUUUUCUGAAACUUGGGGAAAGUGUUUGUGGAUGUGUCAGUGUUCGAACAGCAGUGCAUUAAAUUAUAUAGUAGGUAUUAGGUACCCAUACCGGCCAUACCUACUACCCAUAUCUCGACCACAAUGAGCACGAACUUGCUGUCGCAAUAGGAGCACUCAACGUAUUAACAUUUAUAUUCCAAUGUCGCGUGAGCAUGAGCGAGUUCUCUAUACCUGCCUCCUAGUGCACCACCAGCCCCGAGCUCUGUAUGGCAGUUAUGUGUAGCUUUUGCACUACGACGCUACUGUAGCCGUUACGCGUCGUGCUAUAAGUAACCUUGGAACCUGCUGAUUGGCCACCUGGACAGCCACGACAGCAGCUGACUAUUGUCAUUGUCUCUGUGGGAGAGUCUUCCCGUGGGAACAUAAGAAGCCAGCGGUAGACGGAGGGGAUUAGAUUGUGUUGCAACAGAAGAGUGAGAGAGAGGGGGCAAGGAAAGAAAGAGAUAGACGACAGCAGGGGUUGGCAAGCCUUGGGAGCGGGAAAUACGAGCGCAACUUUUGGCGCGCAGCUUCGGUUGUCCGAGUCGCCAGCAGAUGGCCAGUACCGAUGCGCCACCUACGACGACGAUAGUAGCGAGCAGCAGCCCCCGCCACCGCUGCCGCGGUCAUCACCACCGACACCUCCACCUCCACCUUCGAUUUUAGGCCGUUUAAGGAUAAACUAUUCGCAAGCUGCCAGCCAUAGUGCCAUAGCUAGCACACAUUCAAGUUAGCCUCUGUACCAUCUGGGGAUUAAAAGCUCCACCGAGUGCAGUGGAAAAGGCAGAGCGAAUCGAGUGCGCAUAAAUAUAUAUAUAUGCGGGCGUAAAUACACGUAUAUAGCAGCGGAGAAGCUCACGAGCCGGCCUCGUGGCGCUACUCUGCCACAACUCGCUUUCUCUCUGCUGGCUGCUCUCUGGUGUUGGCGAUCAGCAGGAGAGUUUCCCCAGGUACUAUAGGAAGCUCUAGGUAUUACAAAGUUGAUUCCCGGGCCACAUCGCUGAGCCCUUGGGCAGCUGUGCAGGCCCCGACCGAGUGCUUAAGGCCUGUAAUCGAAGAGGCUGUCACAGAAAGCUGGGAACGGAACGUGCGCUAAGCGUUCCAGCAUCAGCUGGCCCCAGGAGGUGCUUCGAGCUCGUAUUUUUGAUAGAAAACUGUGAUACGAGUAUAUAUACGACCGCACAACAUCAGAAAAUGGAGUCCGUACCAAGGCGCCGCUGACUGAGAGAACCCGUUUGUUCUCUCCUUCUUUCUCUCUCGCUUUCUCGGUCUUCUCUAUCACGCCAACUCUUUGCGUCUCGUUUUGCUUCCUUUAACGUUGGGAGCCCCUUUAAAUCCGUGUGCUCGCGUGUGUACACAUACGUUUUCUUCGUCGUCGUCGCGUUGCGAAAACACGCUGCUGUUGGGCCGGACGAAGAGGUACGUCGAAGCUGCACGAGCCGUGGCUGGGAUUGAAUACUUGCAGCAUCGAGGAGAAGCCAGCCGGUGAUGCGGAAGAAAAUGUAAAAGCUGCAAACCUGACAUGCAAAUUCUCGACUAGCCCGGAAGUCGUGGCUGCGAGUCAAAAACAGGAGGAGGGGAAGAAGGGGGAUCCCAACCAGCGGUGGCCCAGCGCUUUUUCAUUGCAAUUAUCGAACAGCAGCGAAGCACAAAAGUCACGAGCUAUUGUAGCGGCUCAUUGUCACCGUAUAAGCAGCAACAACAAAGUAGCAGCAUUCGCAGGAGUUAUUGUACCGCAUAACGAUGCCACGUGUGAAGAGACAAGUGAUGUUGGAGGAUCUAGCCAGGCCCGUAACGCCUGAUAUGGUCGAGACAAAAUUAGUUAAAACAGACUUCGUCGAUUGCGACAAUGGAACGUACGAUGAGAGCCAAGCACAGAAAAUCGCUGAAGAGACGCCGAGUCCACAUCUGCAGGAUCACCAGUACGGACAGACUCCCUGCUACCAAGUAACGAGGCGAACCAUACAGGCGAAUCCCAGAACCGAAAUGUCGGUUCAGGCGGUAAAAAGAAGACUGAAUUUGGAGAUUGGACCAAGUCAAUCCAACACUUUCAAAACUCCGCGAGGCAAACGCAGAAGAUCGGGUUCGGUUACUAGUCAAACUCCGACAAAAAGCAAAACAGUAGAGAGGACGCGGUACGAUACGUCCUUGAGUUUGCUCACAAAAAAAUUCAUUAGUCUCGUAGAAGAGAGUAACGACGGCGUAGUUGACUUAAAUGUAGCAUCCGAAAAGCUCGAAGUUCAAAAACGCCGUAUCUACGAUAUUACAAACGUUUUAGAGGGCAUCGGCAUUUUGGAGAAGAAGAGUAAAAAUAAUAUUCAAUGGAAGAGCAGCUGUCUGCCGAGCGAUCAAAAUAACUUUCUGGAUCUGCGAAAGGAAGUUGCGGAUUUGGAAGCGAAAGAAAAUGCCCUGGACAGGCUGCUAAGCAGCGCGCAAAAGGAGUUCAACGAGUUCACAGCCGACAGAACGUACGCCUAUGUGACGUAUCAUGACUUGCGCUCCGUCGUCUCGUACAAAGAUCAGUCUAUUAUGGCCGUGAAAGCGCCACCCGAGGCAACUCUGCACGUACCACAACCGAUUAAUAAUUUCGGCCAGCCUAAGCUUCAAAUACACAUGAGGUCGACACACGGAGAAAUCGAAGUAUUCCUCUGUCCAGACGACAGCAGUGUACGGCAGCAGCAGCCGCCUCUGACUCCGAAUUACGCGGUGGCAUCAAAGAGUACAGCAAUGACGACAGUACCACCACCAAAGCCGUCCCCUGUUAUUAAAGAACGUUCUUCAAUGUCGAUGGUCUCUGCGUCUUCGGAUUUCUUGGCAAACAAUUGUGCCGGUGUCGUUAAAGUCGAACCCGUGGAAGUGCCCGUACACUCAGCAUUAGUUGAGGUGCAACCGCAUCACCUCCACCACCAACAGCAGCAGCAGCAGCAGCAGCACGGUAUAAUAACCAACGAACAGAUAAUGCUUGCUACACUCACUUCGUCCGGCAUGAGGGACGCGUUGCUCUGUGAAUCGGACGACUUUGGUGUUAUGGGUGGUGGUAGACUUCAGUUGCAAACUGACGAUCAUCACAUUUCAUCAGAUUUCGAUUUCAACGACACUCUACUGUCUCUGGAGCCACCUCUCUCUGAAAACGACUAUUCGUUUUCGCUUGGUACCGGGGAAGGCCUAUCGGAUCUCUUUGACUUACAAUUUUAAGUUGCCAAGAAUUGAGAUACCAAUUUCAUCAAGUUGAGUUUGUCUUUGUGAAUAAUUUACUGAGAAGCCUUUCGAAAAGCUCAACUUUGUACUUAGUGGUACCUGUUUUCAACUCAAUCGAGUCGUCGUUCACCAAGUAUCUCAUCAAUUAUGUGCAACAACUAUGCAAACUGCGAUAGGUACUCAAGACUGUACACAUGUUGAAUUGCAUAAAGUAAACGAAUGUGCAAACACACAUAUCACGUACGUUGACAAUGUAAUGCAACAAUUUUUCGAAUCCUUUCCAGUAGACCGAAAUGUCGGAAAAACAGCAAAUUAUUCAUUAUAAAAUCAAUUGCAAGCCUUUGUAAUGUAAUGAACGAUGCCUAUGGCUGUUUCGUGCAAUUUAGAUUUGUGUAUAAUAGUGUGAUCAACAAUUGUUCACGCGUCAUAAGAAUACAGAGCAAGAUCGACUAGAACCAGUAUGAUUCUAGAUAGCAUUUUUUGCGUGAUCUAAAAAAAAGUUUGCAAAGCGUCUUAGAUCUGAAUUUGUAAUAUAAUAUUUUGUUUAAUGCUCGCAUCAGAGUUCAUUGUUCGAACGUGAUGGAUCUAAGACUUUGUAAUGAAAAAAAUUGAAUUUACAAAUAGGCUUAAUGGAAAAAAGAAAGAAAAAGAAAAAACUAUGCUCAACUUUGUUUGCUCUUUAUUUUCCUUUCUUAAUACUUUUGUCAAUGUAUGAGAGAGAAAAAUCAUGAGGGGAAACAUUAAUGCAUGAAAGUGCGUAUGAAUGCAUGGAAUAAAAUAUAUAUAUGAUUGAUAGAUGGUAAUAAAAAAAGUAAGUCAAUCAAAUCGAACUCUUCUUUACCUUGGUUUUAUAUUAAUUUGUUGUUCGUUUUACCCAUGUAUAUUUGCUUAGCACUCAUAGCUCAUUAUAUACAAAAAUACCUAAAAAGUACCUUCAUCGUGCCGAAUGAUUAUUAUUCAGUGUCAAAACUUAAGCAGGUUUGGAAAAUUACCUUGUUUUGAAAUAUAUCUUAAAUUAUAAUCACGUGUACUACCAUCAUAAUGAUUGUUUGAAAAUCAUUUUGAACCUGAUUAAAAAAUUUCCAGA